AUGGAAUGCAUCUUUGGGUUCACCGGCAAAGACUUUGUUAUGACAGCCACAGAUAGUACCGUUGCACAGAGCAUACUUAUCGUAAAGUCUACCGAGGACAAAUCCCGCGCCUUGAGCAAACGUAUCCUUCUACUAUUUGCCGGGGAGUCGGGGGAUACUGUGCAAUUCGCAGAGUUUAUUCAGAGAAACGUGAGGCUGUACGAGAUUAGAAAUGGGGUCGAGUUAUCAACAAAGUCGGCCGCUACUUUCACGCGAAGAGAGUUGGCGGACAACUUGAGAUCAAGGAAACAAUACAGCGUAAAUCUCAUUCUGGCCGGUUAUGAUCUUACCACUGAAUUGCCUAGCCUUUAUCAGCUCGACUAUCUCGGUAGCUCGGUUUCUGCUCCCUUCGCUGCUCAUGGUUACGCCGCACAUUUCCUCUUUUCUAUUUUCGAUCGUUAUCAUCGUCCAGAUCUUUCGCUCGAAGAAGCAAAGGCAUUGAUGAAGAUGUGUGUCGGUGAGCUACAAAGGAGAUUCCUUGUUAAUCUAUCACAUUUUACAGUCAAAGUAGUGGAUAAAGAUGGAAUUAGAGAGAUUGCGAUUUAA